AUGCCGGCGGUUGGAAAUGGUGCAAAACAGGCUAUUUCUGAAUGUGAAUGGCAAUUCCGACAUCACCGCUGGAAUUGUUCAACACCUAGAGAGUUGAAAGGGCAUAUUGGACCUGUGCAUAAAAGAGGUACUAGAGAGGCAGCAUUUACCUAUGCAAUUAUGUCUGCAGGCGUUACCCAUGAAAUUGGUCGUCGUUGUCGUCUCGGGCUGCUUAAAAGUUGUGGGUGUGCUGCUGCAGAGUCUAGGCCGCAACAACAAAAUAUUAAUGAUGACUGGACUUGGGGAGGUUGUGGGGAUAAUAUCGACUAUGGAUAUAGAUUUUCGCGUGACUUUGUGGAUGUUCGAGAGAAGGAGGAAAGUAUUAAACGAGAUGCUGAAGGUCAUGGUCGUUCUUUAAUGAAUCGGUGGAAUAAUGAAAUUUUAAAAAGACAUACAAAACCUAAAUGUAAAUGUCAUGGAGUUAGUGGUUCUUGUAAUUUAAAAACUUGUUGGAUGCAAUUACCUCCAAUUCGCCAAAUUGGCAACAUUUUACAAGUUUGUAUUUACCUAUAA